AUGUCUGGAAUGCAAACUGAAACCCUGGCGGAGUACAUCGUGGUUGAGUACCGCUGGGUUAUUGUAAUUACCGUACUGCUACCCAUGUCUCUGCUAUGGAAAAUCUGGUCUGCUGUCCGAAAUUACAUCGUUUUUAAAAUGAACAGUGCACCAAAAAUGCAUGAUAGGAAAGUGAAGGAUGUUCAGAGGCAGAUAAAAGAAUGGCUAAAAGGUGAACGUAGCACUAAACUCUGCACUGCACGUCCAGGCUGGCAGACGAUGUCGUUCCGACAGGCGCUCUACAAGAAGACCUUCACUAAUAUUAAUGUCAACUUGGUCGACGUGCUAGAAGUUAACACAAAAGAUUUGACUGUGCGCUGUGAGCCAUUAGUAACAAUGGGUCAAUUAUCUAGAACACUGGGGCCGUUAGGACUGGCGCUGCCCGUGGUUCCAGAGCUGGACCAGCUUACUGUUGGUGGUUUAGUGAUGGGAACCGGUGUUGAGUCGUCUUCGCAUAUCUACGGAUUAUUCCAGCAUAUAUGUGUGCAGUACGAACUAGUAAUGGCAGAUGGAUCUGUUGUUACUUGUAGUAAGACUGAAAACCCUGAUUUAUUCUAUGCUGUACCGUGGUCAUAUGGCACCCUCGGAUUCCUGACAUCAGUUGUGAUCAAAUUGGUUCCCGCUAAAAAGUACAUCCGAUUAGAAUACCACCCAUAUACAAGCCUAUCGGAGCUAUCGUCACGGUUUAGACAAGAGGCCCUGAAGGAGAAUCCACAUCAGUUCAUUGAAGCUCUUCUCUUUAGUAAGGAAAGUGGCGUGUUUAUGGCUGGCGAUAUGGUUGACGAAGUUGGAGCAGAUGGAAAGUUGAACCCAAUCGGUAACUGGUACUCGGAGUGGUUUUUUAAACAAGUCAUGCGACAUUUAAAAAAUUGGCAACAGGGAAGAAGGAAUACUGUGGUUGAAUAUAUUCCGUUACGCCAUUACUAUCAUCGCCAUACGCGUAGCUUAUUUUGGGAAUUACAGGAUAUCGUAUCGUUUGGCAACCAUCCGAUAUUCCGGUAUCUUUUUGGCUGGCUAAUGCCUCCGGAGGUAUCGCUUCUGAAGCUGACACAACCUGAAGCCGUGGGCAAGUUGUAUGACCGCGCACAUGUCAUUCAGGACAUGUUGGUGCCGAUUGAUAAGCUGGAAAACGCUAUAGAAUGUUUUCACACGGAGUUUGAGGUGUAUCCUAUAUGGCUUUGUCCAUUUAAAGUAUUCAAUGAACCCGGUCAGUUGCGAGUGAGCUCCGGUAAAUGGCAGAUGUUCGUCGAUAUCGGUGUAUAUGGUGUGCCCAAGGCCAAGGGCUAUGAGACGGUAUCUUCAACGAGGCGUGUAGAGGAAUUCGUGAUUAAAAACAAGGGUUUUCAAAUGUUAUACGCUGAUACGUACACCACGUUAAAGGAGUUCAGACAAAUGUUUGAUCACACAUUGUACGACAAGCUACGCGACUCAUUGCCUUACUGCAAGGAUGCUUUCCCCGAAAUAUACGGAAAAGUGAACAAGAGUGUUAGAAAAUAA